AAGUGAUUCUAAGGUAAACGUUCACUCCGAUUUUUUCAGAAUAUGCUGCGGAUUGUUAAAAUUGGUGCAACGUCAUUGUCAAUUACGUCAAAAUCUAAGUCACAACGUCAUGACGUCGUAAGUGUACCAGCCCCUCGGAUGAAUGAGCUGAAGACUGACAGCAAGAAGACAGGCUGGGUCAGAAGAGAGGAUGUGCCGACGGAUGGAACAUCUGCAUUCGUCCCAGACUCUGGCCACCACCGAACAGAGGCGACGUUACAAGUGAAAAUAAUACGCGGACGAUAUUUCUGUGGAUGGUGUGAUGAUUACGCCCGCAGGAUGCACCGACUAUUCUCUUUAUCUUCUCCAGAAACAGGGGAGGUGAAGCCUUGUCAAGAUGAUGUCCGCUCUAAAGCACUUAUUCUGCGGCUGUAAAACUCGCUAGUCCUGGACGUUCUUGGUUGGACUGGUUGACAGUAUAAGGACAGAGAAAGAGAAGUCAUUGGCAGAUAUUGGAUUAAAUGCCUAGUCGUUUUUGUACUGAAUGUACAUUUUUUCACGGUUCGGGAUCAUAGGGUUAUUAACAUCUGUUUCAGCUGGGGUUUUUUUAUCGGUCAGAUUCCACUACUCAUCAUCAGUAGCAGCGGGUUAGCCACGGUUGGAUAACGCCAAAGCUGCCUUUUGACAUUUUUUAUUUUACUUUUUGUGCGUCAGCUUCAUAUUUUGAAGCAUAGUUCCUCCAUAAGCCUCCUCCGGUCGCCAUGUCAGUCAAUGUUUAGGUCGGUCAUCUUCGCCUGGUUACCACUGGGUAGAUUUAUUUAGCUUAGCUAACGGUAGCCACGGAGCCGUGGUGCGUUUACGGUCAACAUGUCCCCACGGUUGUGAAGCUAAAAUACAGACACAAUCCCAGCAAAAAUGUGCGCAAAGGCAUGAAGAACCAGAACUUCUCAUGUCGGACUGAAAACCAGCACCGUGGCGCCACUGGCCGUAAGGUCACUAAACAAACGAGGAAGGCUUAUGACUAGUGGUAGAGGAGAGUGGAUCAGAAGCUGGAACUGUAGCCUUCUGCUUCCAGAGACCACCGACAGAAGCUGUUUCACCCACUUUUAAAGACCAGUACCAGCAAAAUGGGAGAACAGCCCAUCUUCAGCACACGGGCCCACGUCUUCCAGAUCGACCCGACCACCAAGAAGAACUGGGUUCCGACAAGUAAACAUGCAGUAACGGUGUCGUACUUCUUCGACAGUACCAGGAAUGUGUAUCGCAUCAUUAGCCUGGAUGGAUCUAAGGCCAUCAUCAACAGCACCAUCACUCCCAACAUGACUUUCACCAAGACGUCACAGAAGUUUGGUCAGUGGGCUGACAGCCGGGCAAACACUGUCUACGGCCUGGGCUUCUCAUCUGAGAGUAACCUGGUCAAGUUUGCAGAUAAGUUUGCCGAGUUCAAAGAGGCAGCACGGUUAGCAAAAGAGAAGUCUCAGGAGAAGAUGGAGCUCAGCAGCACUCCCUCUCAGGAGUCAGCGCCCGGGGAUCUGCUGUCGCCUGUAACCCCUGAGAGCAUCAAUGGAACCAGUGAGGAGAAAGUUACACCAGACACACCACAGCACUCUGAAGCCAGAGCAGAACCUUCCCAGAAUGCACUGCCCUAUUCACACAGCAUAAACAAACACUGGGAGGCGGAGCUUGCGGCGCUGAAAGGAAACAACGCCAAAUUGACGGCAGCUCUGCUGGAGUCCACAGCCAACGUCAAGCAGUGGAAGCAGCAGCUGGCUGCCUACCAGGAGGAGGCGGAGCGGCUACACAAACGGGUGACUGAGUUGGAGUGUGUGAGCGGUCAGACCACAGUCAUCAAAUCUCAAAAGACAGAACUGAACCAAACCAUAGAGGAGCUGAAGUUUGCUCUGAGGUCCAAAGAGGAGGAGCUGGAGAAGCUUAAAGCAGAGGUGGAGAGUGCCCAUGAGUUUGAGUCCCAGAAAAACACUCUCACACACAAACUGCAGGAGGCUGAGACAAAAAGCCAGACGCUGGAGGCCCAGCUGGGCGACCUGGAGCAGCAUCUGGAGAGCAGCCAGCAGGAGAGCGAAGCCUUUCGGAAAAGCCUGCGCUCCCUGCUGGAGCUGCUGGACACGAAGAUCUUCGAACUGACCGAGCUGCGGGACACACUCGCCAAGCUCAUCGAGGGUAGUAGCUAGAGAGAGACGCGCACACACACACAUUCAUAGUGAACACUCGCCAAACACAUGGCUGAAAGAGAGCCGCCAGAGGAGAAACACAGCUGCAUGUUGUCACUCACUUCUGUCAUGACCAGAAUUUGUUUUUCUGAGUGUAUGUUUACACACUUACUACAUGCAUUAAAGGUACACACA